UACACAGAUAUUAUGCUGCACCGAGGAGCGGCAGGGACACUGGCUGUAACGUGGAGCUGUUCGCUAUGCCAGGUCUCGGAACACUGUUAGGAGAGGACAUGCUUUAGGUGAUAUUGUUAACGAACGCAGGUGUUUAUUCUAGUUAAAAAGGCUUUUUUACAUGCUGUCUGUCUGAAUUGGAUACCGAAGGGGACGGGAGAGUGAGCAACAAGUGGAGUUUGGCGUGGAGAGGCCGACAUUUUUCACGGUCACCAGCUAUGGAAGAGCAGAAGGAGCCCAACAGCGGCCGGGACACAACCGAGGAGGAGAGCAUGUCCCUGUCGCCGAACCUGCCAUCCCCUGCUAUGAUUUUACCCCACCAGGCAGCCCAGCAAGCCCAUAGAACCACGAACUUUUUCAUAGACAACAUCCUCCGGCCGGACUUCGGCUGCAGAAAAGAGCCGAGCUACCGCGACCGGAGCCAGACGUCGGGUCGGGAAAACGUGAACCCGCUGGGCGCGAGGCCGCUGCACACCGGCAGCCUGUGCCUGGACUCCAACUGCAGCAGCGACAGCAGCUCGUCGUCGCCUUCCUCGUCGUCGUCCACGUCCUCUUCCCCCUCUUCCAAGCAGAACUCGUCGAAGCAGUGCGAACCGACGAGCAACGGGACUGGUAGAUACGCAGACAGCCCCUCGUCAAUUAUGGUCAUGAGCGGCAGCAAUGGAGGCUCUCCGCCCGUGGCAAAAGAAAGCCAGCCGCUGUUGUGGCCCGCUUGGGUGUACUGUACGCGGUACUCGGACCGGCCCUCAUCUGGCCCAAGGACACGGAAACUGAAGAAGAAAAAGAGCGGCAAGGAGGACAAGCGGCCCAGGACGGCGUUCACGGCCGAGCAGCUGCAGAGACUCAAAACCGAGUUCCAGGCCAACCGCUACAUAACGGAGCAGCGGAGACAGUCUCUGGCCCAGGAACUCAACCUGAACGAGUCCCAAAUUAAAAUCUGGUUCCAGAAUAAGAGGGCCAAGAUUAAAAAGGCCAGCGGCUACAAGAACGGCCUGGCCCUGCAGCUCAUGGCUCAAGGACUUUACAACCAUUCAACGACCACCGUGCAGGAGGAGAAGGAGGAGAGCGAAUGAGCGGCCGGACUCUUUUGGACAUAACGAACUGGGAGAAGAAGGAGAAGUGGGGGACGCUAUUUAAAAACACAGAUUUCUGUUUAUGGUAACAGUAUAUGGACAUAGUUAUAUAAAUGAACGCUCGUUAUUAAAGUUUAUAUAGCCACACAGUUAUCAUGUUGUAUACGGUAUAUUUAAUUUCAGGCUCGUCUCUUCACGCCGGUCCUUUUUUCUCUCCUCUCUGUCUGUUCUCACUGUUUUUUAGGAUCUAUAGGUUCUUGUGGUCUCCUUGCCCCCACCCCCCUUUUCCCCAUAUUUGCGCCAUAUUUUCCCUUCAACACAUCAGUCAAGCCAAACAAGCCAAAGAUUUUAAUAUGUUCACACGUAGUCUGAAAUUUAAAAAAGAGGGAGAUAGAGAGAGAGAGAGCGGUAGUUAAUGGGUUAAAUUAUUAUUUCUUACAUAC